CCGGCUCGCGGUUCCGGGUUCGUUACCCGGUCCUGGGACCAGGCCUUUGUCUUGGGCCGCCCCAGGCGCGCGCAGCACCCCGCCGGCGUCAGCAUCCUCCGAGCUGCCCCAGCGGGCCCACAUCCUCCUCUGCGGGCCCCUCGUACUGGUCUUCGGUCCGGUCCGGCCCAUUUCGCCCCUCUCUUGGGCCGUGACCCGCACUGCCCCAUGGAGUCCCAGUGCGACUAUUCGAUGUACUUUCCAGCCGUGCCGCUGCCUCCGCGCACAGAGUUGGCGGAGGACCCAGGCCGGUACCGGGCGCUGCCCCGGCGAAACCAUCUGUAUCUGGGGGAGACUGUCCGCUUCCUACUGGUGCUGCGCUGCCGGGGCGGCGCGGGCUCCGGUGCUGGGAGCGGCCCGGGCUUGGGCUCCCGAGGGGCCUGGGCAGAACUGGCAACUACUCUGGCUGCCCUGGCCUCGGUCAGCGCUGGAGGCGGGGCGCCCGCGGGCGUUGGCACCGGCGACCAGGAUCCUGAACCCCCAGGGGGUGGGGACCCUGGGGGUGGGGGUUUGUUCCGAGGCUGCAGCCCCCUUCUCACCCACGGCCCAGGCCCUGCUACCUCAGGGGGAGUGACCACGCUGCCUGUAGAGGAACCAAUCGUGUCCACAGAUGAGGUCAUCUUCCCACUCACCGUUUCACUGGAUAGAUUGCCCCCAGGGACACCUAAGGUCAAGAUUGUAGUGACCGUGUGGAAGCGGGAGGUUGAGGCACCGGAGGUCAGAGAUCAAGGCUACCUGCGCUUGCUGCAGACCCGAUCUCCUGGGGAGACCUUCCGGGGCGAGCAAAGCGCUUUCAAGGCCCAAGUGAGCACCCUGCUGACGCUACUGCCCCCUCCUGUUCUGAAAUGCCGGCAGUUCACUGUGGCUGGGAAACACCUGACUGUCCUCAAGGUGCUGAACAGCUCCUCCCAAGAGGAAAUCUCCAUCUGGGAUAUCCGGAUUCUCCCCAACUUCAAUGCCAGUUAUCUACCUGUCAUGCCUGAUGGUUCUGUGCUGCUGGUGGACAAUGUCUGUCACCAGUCUGGGGAGGUCUCAAUGGGGUCCUUCUGCCGGCUUCCUGGUACCUCUGGCUGCUUCCCCUGCCUGCUUAGUGCCCUGGAGGAACACAACUUCCUGUUUCAGCUGCGAGGGGGUGAGCAGCCCCCUCCAGGAGCCAAGGAGGGCCUUGAAGUUCCUCUUAUUGCUGUGGUUCAGUGGUCUACCCCAAAGCUGCCCUUCACCCAGAGCAUCUACACGCACUACCGCCUACCCAGCAUUCGCCUGGACCGCCCAUGCUUUGUGAUGACUGCUUCUUGUGAAUCUCCUGUUCGGACCUAUGAACGUUUCACGGUCACCUACACGCUGCUCAACAAUCUCCAAGACUUCCUUGCCGUGAGGCUCGUAUGGACCCCAGAGCACGCACAAGCUGGGAAACAGCUAUGUGAGGAGGAACGCCGGGCAAUGCAGGCGGCCCUGGACUCCAUCGUCUGCCACACGCCCCUCAACAAUCUGGGCUUUUCCCGGAAGGGCAGUGCACUCACCUUCAGUGUGGCCUUCCAGGCUCUAAGGACAGGGCUCUUCGAGCUGAGCCAACAUAUGAAACUGAAGUUGCAGUUCACGGCCAGCGUGUCUCACCCUCCACCCGAGGCCCGGCCCCUCUCUCGAAAGAGCAGCCCCAGCAGCCCAGCCGUCCGGGACUUGGUAGAGAGGCACCAGGCUAGUCUGGGCCGCUCUCAGUCCUUCUCCCACCAACAGCCUUCCCGCAGUCACCUCAUGAGGUCCGGCAGUGUGAUGGAGCGCCGGGCCAUCACGCCGCCAGUGGCCUCCCCUGUCGGGCGUCCCCUCUACCUGCCUCCAGACAAAGCUGUCCUUUCUCUGGACAAGAUUGCCAAGCGCGAGUGCAAAGUCUUGGUAGUAGAGCCGGUCAAGUAG